AUGUGUCCUCCUCCAAACAAGUUGCCUACAAGGGGUCGGCCCAAUGAACCUAAGGGUUCUAGCAGACGCAUUCCUUGUUCUUGGGAGAAUGUUGAUGCAAUAGUUGGGUCAAAGCAAGCUAGCAACUCAUCAGCUCCACAAGGCAAGAGGCGUAAGACCAGGUCGAGAAAACGGAAGAGCAUUCCUUGGAAGCAAUCUGCACCUAAGAAGAGAAGCAAGAGGAUAACAAGCAAGUCAGCUCAGCUCCCGCCACAGCACCCGAAAGGCAAAGUUUACUCGGCCAACUACAUCCAUGAAGUGCCCGAAUUCCUCCGUGAAUAUGUCAUUGACAUUCACAAUAUUGAAGAUGAUGACAAUUGUGGAUAUAGAUGCAUUGCUUCCUUGAUGGGUAAGGAAGAACAAAAUUGGCGUCAAGUCUGA